CGAAUCUGAAAAACUCUCCCCAGUCUAGCUCAGUCUUCUCUCUAUGGUUUCUCUUAGCAGAAGUAUGGCGAACUCAACCGUCCUUCUUGUGCGCUCUUUGAUUUCCCCGAGGCUAUUACGAAGCCGUUUUCAAAGCCUUCGUCUAUCUGAAGGAAUCAUUCAAUUGCAAAAACGAUCUUAUUCAAAUAUCUUCACGCGAAUUGAACAGGCGCCUCACUCAUCUUAUUUGAGUGGCGCGCUUUGUCGCAGUUUCCGUUCGUCCGCAGGCAUUGUGAAGAGCGAUCACACAGUUGAUGUACCAGAGAUAUCCCUCAGUGAUUUCGUGCUCAACAAGUUCAAAGAAUAUGGAGACGAUACUGCAGUGGUAAGUAACCACGAUGUUUCUUUUUUUCUUUUUGUAGGGUAAAUAUCGAGUGAUACGCGAUAACAUCAGCUCUUUGAUUUGUUUGCAGUCAGCGUGAUGAAUUGUUCCACGAACCUUCUGGAAUGAACUCGAGCGAACAGUAUGCCAGACAAAGCGUUUUUAGGCCAGUGUAUUCUAUAUUAAUGAGGCAACAGGAAAGCUUCAAAAGCGUCUUAUAAACCAAAUUAUUGAGCUGAGCAGCACCGGAAUACACUUCCGUGUUUUAUUUAGGGAACUUUGGAACGUGUUGUAGACGAUCAAUUUUGUGCUUAGCGAAGUGAAAACAGAGGAACAAUAAUAGAGUUUACAUUCAUAUCUGCAUAUUCAUUUCUGUCAACGUAAAUAAUGAUAAUUGGUGAGAUCUAUGUACAGACUACUGGAAUGUUUACUCGUGUAUGAAAACAACCUAUUGUUUUAAAGUGGUCACGCUUUAGUAAACCCAAAACGAAAUUGGUAAACUAAAUAGUAAAGGCAAUUUAAAGACAAUAAAAUGAAAAUGCAGACUUAAAUGCAUACGGAAAUAUCGUUUAAAAACGUUUAAGAUCAGUAAAUAUUUUAUGGCAAACUGUCCUAAGUUUGUUGUAACGUUGUCACGAAGUCUAGGUUUUGUAAGAUUUCGUGACAUAGCGAGGACGUGUAGUCCUGGAGGUAUUCCAAAAUUUACAAAAAGUUUACUUAAAUUUGAGUCCAGCCUGAGACGAAUUGGGUUGCUUGUAUUCUUAAAUUUUGAACCUCUUUUUAGAUAGAUGGAGCCUCAGAGAAAUCCUACACUUACAGUGAACUCUGUACAUCAGUGAAAAAGUUUGCUUCAGCACUAACAAGAAGGGGUUUUCAGAAAGGAGAUGUUUUUGCUCUCUACCUUCCAAAUGUGCCAGAGUAUCCUGUUUCAUUUUUUGGAGUUAUUGCUGCUGGUGGAACAGUUACAACUUUAAAUCCUACUUUCACUGAAAAGGAGAUUGCUUACCAGCUUAAGAACUCUGCUGCCAAAUAUAUUCUGACUGUGCCUGAGAUUGCAGACAGAGCUAGACAAGCUGCAAUGGAGGUAGGAAUUAAGGAAGUGUUUGUGAUUGGUGAAGCAGAGGGGUGUGAACCAUGGGCAUCUCUUCUCAGUGAUGAUGGAAUGGCCUUUCCAAACAAUGUUGCAAUUAAUCCAAAAGAAGAUAUCUGUGCUAUGCCGUACUCUAGUGGUACCACAGGUUUCCCCAAAGGAGUUAUGCUCACACAUCACAACAUAGUCUCACAGUUGUGUAUUAUCAUGCAUGAGAAUUUUAUGUCUCAGCCACGGCGAGGAACUACCCUUGGACUACUGCCAUUUUUCCACAUAUUUGGCAUGGUGGUGGUAAUGUCACAAUAUCUUUACCGUGGAGGGAAACUUGUCUGCAUGCAGAAAUUUGAGGGAGAGCACAUGCUAAAGCUUGUACAAGACUGCAAGGUUUGUUUCUGAAUUCUCAGAGCUGUGACAGCUAAUGGCCUAAUGAUAAGUACAUCAAGGCAUGCAUGCUUGAGUCCUAAUUAGCUUGACAAUUUUAACCUUUGUUGAAUCAAAGCAAAAUCAAUUUUCUUCGUACUUCCACUGCACAUUUAAUUUAGAAAUCUAGCACUUUUACCCUCACUUACAUUUUACUGUGUCAACUCUUUUUUCAAAAUGUUUCAUUUUCACGCGAUGUUGUUAACCCUUUAACCCCUUCAACUGAGUAGCAUCUAGUUUCUCCUUAUAAUAUCACCCCUGAAUUAAACACUAAGGUCAUGAGAAUAAGGGAAAUGAUCACCAACUAAAUAAGCUCUGCCAGGGUGAGGCAGGAAUGUUGAAGCUUCAAAUUAAUUGAUGCAUAAGUUCAAUUUUUAGUUUACCAUCUCAACAUAAGCAAUGCUUAAACCCCUCAAUUUUCUUAAAUUUCUAUUCUAGAUACACGUUUUGUUUCUAGUGCCACCUAUUGUUACAUUCUUGGCCAAGCAUCCAUUGGUGGAUAACUAUGACCUAACCAGUGUUGAUACCAUCAUAAGUGGUGCUGCACCUCUAGGAGCAGAACUUACUAAUGCUGUUUGGAAACGUCUUCCAAAAGUGGUGGCCAUUGCUCAAGGUGAGAAAUAUUGUUUAGAUGAACUUCAGUUCUUGACAUGAUAAUUCAAAGUUCAGUUUUGUUAAUGAUAGUGUUUGUGUCUUAUGAAAUUAUUUUCAUUGUAACAUACAAUCUAGAAAGGUUCUAGAUGUUUUAAAAGGUGGUAAAGUGUUUUUCUCCCUACUUGGGUUUCUUUAGAUGCAAUUGCAAUAGUGCUGUCUUAGCUGAAAGCAAAGGAAAAAAGGAAAAAGCCAAAAGCAAGUUAAUCCGCAUAUAAAACUACCCUCUGGCUAUAUGCCUAACAGCUGAACAAUUUUUGUAGAAGUUCAAGCAAAUAAUACUUUCAAACUUCAUUAAAGUACCAGAGAUUUCAAGCAACUCAAAAACUUGAAAAAGAAAUAUUUCUUAUCUCUGCUAAUGAGGUUUUAUUAUAUGCUAUAUGCUAAUUAAUUUACAUUUGACUUUUCUCUGUUUUCAAUUUUUAAUUUUUUUCUAUGCAGUUUUUCUGUGCAGUUAGGUAUAAAUUUAAGAUACCUGUCAGUCAGUUUGUUUGGUUAUGAGAUAUCUUCAGAAUCAGUUAAACUUUUUUGUCUAUUUUAUUCAUAAUGAUUUUAACCCUUUAAGUCCCAAGAUCUGAUUGUUAACUCUCCUCUCUACUUGUUGCAAAUGUCCUUGUAAGUUAGGCAUGAGAAUUUGGUGAUAGAUCAAGAUAACCACUUUUACCUGAUAAGUUUGAGUAUUCUCAUUAUCUGUUUGCUGCAUAAUGCAUGAAUAUUAUAGGGAGAAGUUACAUGUUUAUCACUUCUGGGAGUUAAAGGGUUAAGUCUCACAUUUAGUUUUUUGUAUUAUUAGUGAGAUGCAGUCAGUCCAUGUUUAUAACUCUAAUGAAAUUAUGACACCAAUUGUUAUUAAAAUAGGAAAGUUAUUUCAAAAUCUUUUCAGACUAAACAUUAUGUGACUUGUUUACUUUUUCUAUGAUAACUGUUAGUAUAAUUGCUUUAAACCCACUGUCCCGCUUUCGUGGGUCCACCUCUGAUUUAAUUAGCUUGUUCUAUCAAACCAUUUUAGGAUAUGGUCUAACAGAAACAAGCCCAGCUGUAAUGCUUUGUCCAAGAAAAAAUUGCAAGCCUGGUGCUGUGGGUGUUAUGCUACCAAACAUUGAAGGGAAAGUAAGUGGAAAUGGUAAUAUUGCUUACUGCUGUAGUCCUCAGCAGGCACUCUUGUUAAUGAUCACCUUGAAAAGUGUUAUGAGUAUUAUUUCAAAGCAGGUUACUUUCUCAGUCAGAAUUCAAGAUUGCUGGUAGAAACUUUGAUCUAAUUUGUUUCUCGACAUCAGCACCUCCCUAAAAACUUUUACAAACCCAAAAAGUGCUCUUACACUCUUAAUCUCAAGGUUCUACAAUAUUCUUAACACACUAAUUACACUUACAUUACUAACUUGGAACUCAAUUUUAUUUAGUUUCUUGAUGCUGUUAGUUUUCCUAGACAAUUAAAACAAGUAAUUGCAAAGAUCUAGAAUAAUCUAACAAGUCAAGUCAUUAAUAGAAAGAUUACACUCUGAAAUGAGUAGUUUGUUUUCAAUAGCAGCAAAUUAGAUCAGCUAGGGUCAAAUACAUCAUACAAUCUGUCCUUUCAUACUUAGGUGGUUGAUGUCCAGACAGGCCAACCUCUCGGCCCAAAUAAAGAUGGAGAGGUCUGCGUCAGAGGACCUGUUGUUAUGAAAGGUUGCAAAGCAAAUAGAGAUUUAAGUCAGAGUGUCUGUGUGUUUUCAUAGUCUACAAUUAAAAUUCUUUUCAUAAGAGAUACCUGAUCAGGGUUUAAUUCUUAACAUUAUUUAUGCCUUCUGAAAUAUCUUCCUUAACCUUUGACUCACAAACAAUAGUAUGCAUAUUCUUCAUACUGUUCUCUAUACAUUUUUUAAAGUGCUGAGAAGGAGAAUUUGUUUUAAAAUCAAAAGCUUCUUUAGCUUGGUGAUCAUUUCCUUUAUUCUUGUGACCUUAAUGUUUAAUUCUAGGCUGAUAUUGUAAGGAGAAAUUAGAUGCUAGUCACUGUUAAUGGCAAAGGGUUAUUUAUAAGUUAAGGUGAUUCUUGAAUGUUUAAUAUGGCAUUUGGGGAGGUAAAAGGUACUGAGGCAUGCAUGCCAUAUGCUCUGGCAUUGCCAGGUUCUAAUCCUCUAUCUCCUAAGAGUGACAGGCCUCUAAUUUCUCCCUACAGUAUACCUGUUGGAUCACAUAUUAAGGUCAUGAGAACAAAGGAAAUGAUCACCAACUAAAGAUGCUCUCAUUUGUUAAGCAAAUUCUCCUUGUCUGCAUCCAAGGAAAUGUAUAGAGAACAGUAUGGAGAAUAUGCAUACUGAUGUUAAGGUGUAAAAGUUAAAGUACUUCAAGGUCUUUGCUUGGACAGCUGUUAGCAAUUUUCACUUUUCCAUUUUCAUCAAUAGGCUACUUGAAUAACCCCAAAGCUACGGAAGAGUGUAUAACUCCUGAUGGAUGGUUCCACACUGGAGACAUUGGUUACUAUGAUGAAGAAGGCAAUUUUUUCAUUGUAGACAGACUCAAGGAGCUCAUAAAAUACAAAGGAUUUCAGGUAACCUUUAGCAUGUGAGCUACUGAUAAGUUAAUGAUUUGUUUGUUAAAGUAAUUACUCAACUUCUCUGUCGAUUGACUGUGAAUAUAUGAAAAAACAUAUUAGGUGAACUGGAGAUAAAGAUGUGAAUAUGAAAGCAACCCUUGUAGUAACGAACACUACUUGAGCAGUAGUGAAAAUAGGGCUUGAAAAAAAUUCAGGGAUCAUGAGUUCAAAUCCUGUACAGGCCUGAAUUUUUUUUUCAGGCCUUAUUUUCACUACUGCUCAAGUAGUGUUCAUCACUGUAAAGAUCACUUUUAUAUAUAGAUCACUUUUAUAUAGAAUCUAUUUGCUAAAUGGUUAGCUUUGAAACUAAGAAGUGAUAAGACUUCCACUUGGUUACAUUUUUGGACUGAAAAAUUGGUGUAUUGAAACAACUUGACCACUUUAAGGAAGAGUAGUGAUGUGAUAGGAUUUGACUUAAAUUGUUUAACACUAAGAAGAAUUGACUUCUUCACUGAGAAAGAGUCCAACCUAAAGCCCAGCUUGGAAGCAGGGAGGGAAGUAAAGGGGGUGGAGGGGUUACUCCUUCAUGGGGGCUCGACAGAACUGUUUUCUUAAUUGAAUCUAAGGAGUAAAAUAUUCCCUAUAGGAUCAGACAUACAUUUAGUUUGUCUGGUUAUACAACAGACCUAUCUAUUUUCAUUGUUUGUAGGUUCCCCCAGCAGAACUGGAAGCACUCCUUCACACACAUCCAAAUGUACUAGAUGUUGCUGUGGUGGGAAUUCCUGAUGAGGGAGCAGGGGAACUCCCUAAGGCAUUUGUUGUCCCAAAAGGAGAAAUAACCGAGGGAGAAAUCAUCGAAUUUGUUGCACAGAGAGUUUCUCCCCACAAGAAACUUAGGGGUGGUGUGGAGUUUAUUGAGCAGAUUCCCAAGACAGCCAGUGGGAAAAUAUUGAAACGGGAAUUGAAAAAAUGAUGAUGUUAAUUGGAUUAUUGUCAAUUUGAUAGUUAUGAUAUUAAAAUUAGGUGCGAAUGAUACUUGUUUGUAUGAGCUGUAGAUAAUUUUCCAUGUAAAGUUUAUCUCAAGUAAUAUUAUUUUCCAGCCCAUUAUUUGGAUUAAUGAAAUACAAGUAAGCAAAUUUAUCUUGCAUUGUAAUCACCUAGGUAACACCCCAUAAAGGAAAAAUGGGCCAGCUUGUGAAAGGAUUAUAACCCAGUGGUUUCUGACAAAUACAUGUAUUUCUCUAGGAUAACAAAAUAGUCGGAAACUACCUCAAAAUACAAUCUUUUUCUAGAGUAUUGUAAUUGAAAGUACUUGUAUUUCUUCAGAAUAACAAAAUAAUAGGAAACUGCCCAAUAAUAGAAUUUUUUUAGAUUGUUGUAAUUAAAAUUUUUUGCAAGAUUUCAUUUGGAGAGAAUCGCAAAAAAGGGCUUAAGUGCUUUAUUGUCCAGCAUUGUUGAUACUGAAGGAAAGGAAUUAGUACUGUAAAAGCUGUUGCUGAGUGUUAUGCAGUUCACCAAACCAAUAAUAAUGAUAAACUUGAAAUCGAAAACUCAACCCAUUUAUUUGCAGUGAUUUCAGCAAUGUAAGAUAGGUUUUCUAUAAUAAGAAAAUUACUCUUUAGUAGUGAAAUUACAGUUCACAUGAAAUGCAAUAAAACUCACCAACUGUUUUGAAUUCAGAGUGUCCAACAUAAACAACUAUUUCAGUCAACAAGUAUGUCUGCACAAACACAACUAGUUUUUUCUUUGACAAAGCACAUGGUUGAUUUCAUGAAUGUUAACGUGAUGUAGGCACGCAAGGGGAGUUAUACUGAGAUACCACAAUUUUCCUGAUUGGUCAAUAACCAAAAAUUUAAUGCACUACUAAGCCCAUGGAAAUUUUUUUUGUUUUAAUAUGUUUUGUUUUUCUUUGCAGGAUGAUGUGAAAACGCUCAGAAAGUUUGUAAAUCACUUGCCUCCAACUGGUGAUUUACAAAAAUUUUCAUAUGUCCUCCCAACCUCCCAUGAGGUUUAUCAUGGCGGCAAACCCAUUGUAAUUAUUGUGGUCUAUUUCUUAACUCUUUGACCCCGGAAAGUGAUACACAUAUAAUUUCUCCUGAUAGUUUUACUCCUAAAUCAAGCAUUAAGGUCAUGAGAAUUAGAGGAGAUAUCUGCAAGAUUAAAAAAACCUCAGUUAUUGGGC